AUGGUUAAUGUCAACUCAAAAGAUAAGAUGCUCGUUGGCACAGAAAAGUUUCAGAUGAACUCAAAGGACGGCCAGACAUCACUAUCAUGGGCCGCCAUGAAUGGGUACGACACGAUAGUCAAGGUACUCCUUGAGACCGGCAAGGUUGAAACCGACUCGAAGGAUAAUGACGGCCGAACCCCGCUUCUCUGGGCAGCCUCAUUUAAUAGGGAGGUAGUCGUCAAGAUGCUCCUCGACACCGGCAAAGUCGACGUUAACUCGAAGGAUGAUGAAGGCCAGACGCCGCUAUCAUGGGCCGCCAUGAGUGAAAACGAGACACUCAUCAAGAUGCUCCUCGACACCGAAAAUGUGGAUGUCGACUCAAAAGAUAAUCAAGGCCGAACGCCACUAUCGCAUGCAGCUUGGUACGGAAACGAACCUGUCAUCAAUAUGCUCCUCAAGACAGGCAAAGUUGACAUCGACUCGAAGGAUAAUGAUGGCCGAACGCCGCUAUCAUGGGCCGCCAAGAAUGGAAAAGAGGCAGUCAUCAAGAUGCUCCUCGACACUGGCAAGGUUGACAUCGACUCGAAGGAUAAUGACGGCCGAACGCCGUUAUCAUGGGGCGCCGAGAAUGGGAACGAAGCAUUCGUCAAGAUGCUGCUCGACACCGGCAAGGUUGAGAUCGACUCAAAGGAUGAUUAUGGUCGAACACCACUGUUAUGGGGCGCUGAGCAGGAAAAAGAAGCAGUCGUCAAGAUGCUCCUCGACACUGGCAAGGUUCAAAUCAACGCCAAAGACAAUUGCGGCCGAACGCCGCUAUCAUGGGCCGCCAUGAGUAGAAACAAAACACUCAUCAAGAUGCUCCUCGACACCGAAAAUGUGGAUGUCAAUUCAAAAGAUAAUCAAGGCCGAACGCCACUAUCGCAUGCAGCUUGGUACGGAAACGAACCUGUCAUCAAUAUGCUCCUCAAGACAGGCAAAGUUGACAUCGACUCGAAGGAUAAUGAUGGCCGAACGCCACUAUCAUGGGCCGCUGAGCAUGGAAGCGAAGCAGUCGCCAAGAUGCUCCUCGACACUGGCAAGGUUGAAAUCGACUCGAAGGAUAAUGACGGUAGAACGCCACUAUCAUGGGGCAUUGAGCAUGGAAACGAAACAGUUGUCAAGCUGCUUCUUAGUACAGGUUGCGCUGACAUCUACUUACGCGAUGAUUCCGGCCGAACGCCCUUGUUUUGGGCCGCAAUGGCAGGAAAUGUAACGCAAUGA